AUGGCCGCAGCAGCUUCCUAUGGCCUUGGUCGAUACGACAAAUUUCUUACACCAGACAACAGAGCCCAAGCCCUGCGGUUCGUCUUCACCUACGAAAUGACGGGUAUCGGCAUCCUUACCGACGUCAUAUUCGUUAUCAUGCCAUUACCCAUAAUCUGGCGACUACAUCGACCUUUACGAGAGAGGCUCAUAAUCGCGUUUCUGUUGUCUCUGAUCCUCUGUGCUACGGCUGCCGCUAGCGUAAAGCUCUACUAUGUACGAGUCAUUGUGCUCGAAGGAGAGCAGCUACGUUCGCUAGUGGCGCCGACGUUAUGGAGCAGGAUCGAAGAGAUCGCCCUUAUUGCUGCCGCUUGUGCACCUUCGCUAAAGUCUUCGACUGAAGAUGGCCUACGUCAGUGUUGGCAUUGUUGUGCGAGACAUCGUCAGCAAGAGCGACCGAGCAGUUGUGUAUCUGAAUCGGACCGUUCCAGUUUACACGCCUUUCUGGAUCAGUAUGCGUCUGCGUCACUGCGUGUGCCAGAACGGGCGUACCGGAAACUUGAGGGAGUCUGA